AUGAACAUGUACUACCACAACACAUACGAUGUGGUUCCAUAUUAUCCACAAUCUUAUUUACCCCAUUAUCAUUGGCCUUUGAACCAAACUCAACCACUACAGGGCCAACAAUUUCAACAACCAUUUGUCAACAAUUUAGUUCCACAAGUGUAUAAUCAACAACAAGGUUACUACCAACCACAACAAGUACACGCUCCCCAACUAUACCACCCAGCUCCACUUCAGCAACCUCACCAAUACCAAACACAAACUUCGCCUUCAUGGGAACCUUCAGAUUUUCCCAUGGAGGUGAUGUUGAGCUUCAUAAAGCUCGUAAUUCGGGAAAAGCAAGAGGGCUUUGAUAAAGCGGUGUCGUCGCUUUUGUAUGCGACGAGACUACCAAAGUCAACAAUAUUCAUUGGAUUAGUGUAUCUAAACCAACGGUUCCCGGGUUAUAAUGCCUCAUCUUAUAAUCUGGAGGGAAAAGUGUCGUCAUUGGUCAAUCUUGUUGUGGCGCUUAUGUUGGCCAACAAGUUCAAUGAUGACAACACCUUCACCAAUAAAUCGUGGAGCGACGCAACAGGACUACCAAUAGAAGUUCUAAACAAAGAAGAAAAACAGUGGUUAGAAGAAAUCAAAUGGGGUUUAUCGGUUGUUAAUUUUGAAGCUGAUAUUUUGGCAUUGGAAGAGUAUUGGGAAACAUUGAUUCAAAGAAAUUGUUUUUUAGUUUGA